GUCGGCUCGGAAAAGACGACUGCGAGGUUUGUGAACGGAGGUUUUAGGUAAAGCCUUGAGAAGAGCUUGAGGCCAAAAAGGGAUGUGAGGAGACUCGGAUCCCAUACCUUUAGGCUGAGAGAACAACGCUCUUCUAGGAUAGCAGGUCAACUAGAGUUCCCCGGAGUAGUAGCCCUAAGGGGGCAGUUACUCUCUCAGCUACCCCGGGAAUGUGGUCGUGAGGCAGAACCUACAGCUUUUGGAAGAAAAGUAGCCUUGGACCAUGGCCCAGGUCAGCAUCAACAGUGACUACAGUGAGUGGGGUUCCAGCACUGAUGCUGGGGAGCGGGCCCGCUUGCUGCAAAGUCCCUGUGUGGACAUGGCCCCCAAGAGUGAGGGGGAGGCGUCUCCUGGAGAUCCAGACAGAGGCACCACGUCUACGCUUGGAGCCAUCUUCAUUGUUGUCAAUGCCUGCCUGGGUGCAGGAUUGCUCAACUUCCCAGCAGCCUUCAGCACCGCUGGGGGUGUGGCAGCUGGCAUCGCCCUGCAGAUGGGCAUGCUGGUUUUCAUCAUUAGUGGGCUUGUCAUUCUGGCCUAUUGCUCCCAGGCCAGCAAUGAGAGGACCUACCAGGAGGUGGUGUGGGCCGUGUGUGGCAAGCUGACGGGCGUGCUGUGUGAGGUUGCCAUCGCGGUCUACACCUUCGGCACCUGCAUCGCGUUCCUCAUCAUCAUUGGGGACCAGCAGGACAAGAUUAUAGCUGUGAUGACAAAGCACCCUGAAGGGGCCAGCGGCAGCCCCUGGUACACAGACCGCAAGUUCACCAUCAGCCUCACUGCCUUCCUCUUCAUCCUGCCCCUGUCCAUCCCCAGGGAGAUCGGCUUCCAGAAAUAUGCCAGUUUCCUGAGUGUCGUGGGCACUUGGUACGUCACCGCCAUUAUUAUCAUCAAAUACAUCUGGCCAGAUAAAGAGAUGCGCCCAGGGGACAUCCUGACCAGACCAGUUUCCUGGAUGGCCGUGUUCAAUGCCAUGCCCACCAUCUGCUUCGGAUUUCAGUGCCAUGUGAGCAGUGUGCCCGUCUUCAACAGCAUGCAGCGGCCAGAGAUAAAGACCUGGGGUGGAGUGGUGACAGCUGCCAUGGUCAUAGCUCUGGCUGUCUACAUGGGCACAGGCAUCUGUGGCUUCCUGACUUUCGGAGCUGCUGUGGAUCCAGAUGUGCUCCGGUCCUACCCCUCCGAGGACGUGGCUGUGGCCGUUGCCCGAGCCUUCAUCAUCCUGAGUGUGCUCACCUCCUACCCCAUCUUGCACUUCUGUGGGCGGGCUGUGGUGGAAGGCCUGUGGCUGCGCUACAAGGGGGUGCCGGUGGAGGAGGACGUGGGGCGGGAGCGGCGACGCCGAGUCCUGCAGACGCUGGUGUGGUUCCUGCUCACCCUGCUGCUAGCCCUCUUUAUCCCUGACAUCGGCAAGGUCAUCUCAGUCAUCGGAGGCCUGGCAGCCUGCUUCAUCUUCAUCUUCCCAGGGCUGUGCCUCAUUCAGGCCAAACUGUCAGAGAUGGAGGAGGUCAAACCAGCCAGCUGGUGGGCACUGGUCAGUUAUGGAGUCCUUCUGGUCACCCUGGGAGCCUUCAUCUUUGGCCAAACCACAGCCAAUGCCAUCUUUGUGGACCUGUUGGCUUGAACAUUGCCUCUCAGCAAACGUGUGACCAAGAACCAUCUCUCGGAGCUGUGGAGCUACCCCAAGUCCCACAUCCUCUUCCAGCUGGUGACGUCUGGACACAUUUCUCCAGGGACAGUCAUGGGACAGAAUCAACUGCAAAUCUGUGGGCGGCUCCCGCCCAGCUGCCUUCCUGCUCCCCAACCUUGGCAUUGUCAUGGAUGGUGGCAGGAGGUCUCACAUCACAGGAGCAUCAAACCUUUGGGACCUGAGAAGGGAGAAGGUCAGUGAGUCCCAGAAGAGAAAGACCAUUCUGACUUCCUCUGGGGAAAAAAAAAAAAUUGUAUACUUAGGACUGGCAUCCUUCACAGAGCUUGUCGGGACUGUGCUCAGUACCUCGGGGUUUAGUGCCUGCCUGUUUCGCUUAGAAGCCAGUGAUGGCUUCUCCUGGGACCUGGCAACUUCCAAAGGAGACACUGACAUCAUAUAAUUAUCCCUUCCCCUGUGGGCCUCCCCGUGAGUCUUUGGUAGCCUCCCAAGUUGUUAGGGUCCCUAUCCUGACUUUAUCCAAACCUAAUGGGUCCAGAUUGGGUAUCCUCCUAUGUCCCUAGACAUCACUAAGUCAAAUGUUUACAAAUGGUGCCGGCCUGCCUCUGGGCUAGGGGCUGCCAUUGCCAUGGUGCUGUGAGCACUCCUCCGUUAGCUUCCCACAUGGACAGAGGGUCUGCUGUCUUUUCAGAGGCUCUGGGUGAGUCACAGGCUUGAGACUUUCGGACCUUCCUUCCAGGCCAGGCUGCCCAAGGUCUUGGUGAAGUCCCAGCACCAUUUCUUUGCUCCUCCAAACCUGCCCUCUCUCUUCCCCAGCUAAAUCUAGCCCAAAAGCCCAGAAAGAACUUAGACUGGGGACCCUGGACAUUUUUUUUUUUUUUUUUUUUUUUUUGAUUUUGAUUUUUCGAGACAGAGUUUCUCUGUGGCUUUGGAGCCUGUCCUGGAACUAGCUCUGUAGGCCAGGCUGGUCUCAAACUCACAGAGAUCCGCCUGCCUCUGCCUCCCGAGUGCUGGGAUUAAAGGCGAGCGCCACCAUCGCCCAGCUCCUGGACAUUUCUUGUACUAUCUCCAUCUUGACUCUAACUUCCAUUCCCACACCCCACCCAUCCCUCACCCUCUACUCUAUCUCUUCUCUUUCAUUCAUGGAUGGGUUUUGGCAUUUGGCAGGGUAGGGAUGGCACCAAACCCUGCCACGUCAGCUUGCCCAGCUCCACACAUCUGUCAGUCCUGGCCUCAGAAUCCCUCUGAGUCAUAGCUGCCCCAGGUGAGGUCAUACCAGACACUGUAUUUUGAGGACCUUAACCUCCUGCCUACCCCUGCUCACUUUUAUAAGUCCAGGUACAAAACUGAUCUCCACAUAAUUUUCUCCAUUUAUUCUGCCUAAAACACCUAUCCUAGAAGUGAAAGGGGGCCUUUGAGGCAGCCCCCGCCCCCCAACUCAGGUCAGUUCAGUAGAGGCGGCAGAAGCUCAGCAUCCAGACUAGCUGAAUUGCUCUUUUCCCAUCCAUUCCUGGUACCCAUCCUCUGUGGUCCCACGAUGGCUGUUUUCCCUCGGGUUCCAAGUGCUGCUUUCUAGGGACUGGCCAGGGGUAAAGCUGGGGCAUAGCAUAGAGACAGGCCAGCUGAGACAGCUGACUAGAAGCCAGCUUCAGCUUGAUCUCAGGACCCCUUCCCUUCCUCUCCCUUGUCCUCUUCUAGUGUUUUCCUGCUCAAGCGCACUUGGAGAAGUGGGGACGGUUAAUAAAGGUC